GUGGCGGGAGGGCGGGCCGUGAGGCAGUCAGUCGGGCGGGUGGCGCUGGAAGAGGAAGGAGGGGUGCUGCCGGCGCUCCGUCGGCGCCGCCAUCAUGUCGCGGGGUCGGGAGCGGGUGGUGGCCCUUGUGGAUAUGGACUGCUUCUUCAUGCAGGUGGAGCAGCGCUUCGACCCGCAGCUGCGCGGCCGGCCCUGCGCCGUGGUGCAGUACAACAAGUGGCAGGGCGGCGGGAUCAUCGCGGUGAGCUACGAGGCGCGCUCCUUCGGCGUGGCCCGCGGCAUGUGGGCGAGCGAGGCGCGGGCGCUGUGCCCCGAGCUGCUGCUGGCCAGGGUGCCCGAGGCCAGGGGCAAAGCCGACCUCAGCCGGUACCGGGAGGCCAGCGCCGAGGUGAUGGAGGUGCUGUCGCGCUUCGCCGCCAUCGAGCGGGCCAGCAUCGACGAGGCGUACCUGGACCUGACGGGCAGCGCUCGGGACAGGCUGCGGGAGCUGCGGGGCCGGCCGCUGGCAGCCCAGCUGCUGCCCACCACCUUCGUGCAGGGGCUGCCCGCCAGCCCGGACCCCCAGCACGCCGCCAAGGAGGAGCUGCGGGAGCGUGGCGUGCAGGAGUGGCUGGCCUCGCUCUCCUUCGAUGACCCCGACUGUCCCGACCUGCAGCUGACCAUGGGAGCGGUCAUUGUGGAAGAAAUGAGGGUGGCCGUGGAGAAAGCCACUGGGUUCAGGUGCUCGGCUGGGAUUUCACACAACAAGAUGCUGGCAAAACUGGCCUGUGGGUUAAACAAGCCCAACCGCCAGACACUGGUACCUUCACGAUCUGUCCCGCAGCUCUUCAGCCAGAUGCCCGUCAGCAACAUCCGUAACCUGGGGGGCAAGCUCGGUGCUGCCAUCAUGGACAUCCUGGAAGUGGAGUACAUCGGGGAGGUGGCGCAGUUCAGCGAGACGGAGCUCCAGACUCACUUCGGAGACAAGACAGGGUCCUGGCUCUAUGACUUGUGCAGAGGAAUUGAUGACGAACCUGUCAAAAAUCGGCACUUGCCCCUGUCCAUUGGCUGCAGCAAGAACUUCCCUGGGAAGACAGCCCUGGCUACGCAGAAGGAGGUGCAACACUGGCUCCUGCAGCUGGCCUUGGAGCUGGAAUCCAGACUGAUCCAAGACAGGAAUCAGAACCACCGAGUGGCCAAGCAGCUCAUGGUGGUCAUCCGCAUGCAGGGAGACACCCGGCUGUCCCGCUUCUGCUCCAUCACCCGCUACGACGCCCAGAAGAUCUACAGCGAUGCCUUCGCCCUCAUCCAAAACUGCAACAUGGCCGGGGCUCACCAGGCAGCCUGGUCUCCGCCGCUCAUAUCCGUGCUUCUCUCAGCCAGCAAGUUCUCAGAGGCCACCACGCACCUUUCUGCGGGCAUCGCCGCCUUCCUGACAAGUGACACCCAGCCCGAUGGCACUGACAGUACGAAGGCCACGUCUGGCAGGGGGCCCAUGGUCAAGUUUUUCAGGAGCCCAAGCAAAGAGCACAGGCAGAAGCCAGCUAACGCUAUUGAGUCCUUCUUCCAGAAGGCAGCAGAAAAGCGGCAGUCGCAGGCAGCAGCAAGCAGCCUGCCAGCUGCUACCAGCUCCUCAGAGCACCCGCAGGGAGCUGCUGUUGGAUUUGCCUCUGAGCAGCGUGAUCUGGAGUCCCCCGUGAAGCAGAAUCCCAAAGAUGGGAGCCCUUCUCCGAGCAAGAGGCUUCUUCCCUGCGAGCCGCUGCUGUCUGAUGCCACGCAGACGCCCUCCACCCCACCCAGCUCAAGGAUGCUUCGGAGUUCGGAGCCAGCUGUGGAAGGCAACGAGCAGAACUUGCCGCCCUCUCCCGAGCUCCCCCUGCUCCCUCCUGCCUCGCCGGGUGACCAGCAGCGCUGUGAGAAGUGCGGCCAGCACGUGCUGGUGUGGGAGCUCCCGGAGCACAUGGACUACCACUUCGCUGUGGAGCUGCAGAGCUCCUUCCUGGAGGCCAGCUUCCCCACGGCUCCGCCUGCAGCUGCCAGCUCUCCUGCCAAGGCAAAGAACAAGCCCAAGACUCCGGCAGGAUCUAGUGCAAAGCGCCCUAGGGAAGGCGUGACAAGAACUUUAGAUUUUUUCUUUAAACGCUUGCCUCCUUAACAUCCAGCCGGGCUGGGAGUUUUUAGAUAAUCGCCGUUUUUAAAUACGGUUAUUAGAUUUUAUCCUGCCUUGCCGGGUUUUAAUGUGGGGAAGUCUAAUAAAUUAUCUCUACCCUAAGUCUAAGAGGAACUGGAACUGA